UUCUUGCGGAAGGAGGAGCACCAUUUUCUUCUUGUUAAUGGCUCAAGAUAGUUUCACUGCUGAAUCACCUCGCAGAAAGACAGGUCUUUUGAGAGAUCAAGUCCAGUUGGUAAAGAGAAAGGAUUGCGAUCGUUAUGAAAUUGUUCCAAUUCAAGAUUCAUUAUCUGUUGAAAAAGGUUUCUUUGUAGUAAUUCGUGCUUGUCAAUUGCUGGCCCAAAAGAAUCAUGGAAUUAUUUUGGUUGGUGUUGCUGGUCCCUCUGGGGCUGGGAAGACUGUAUUUACUGAGAAGGUGCUCAAUUUUAUGCCAAGCAUUGCAGUUAUAUCAAUGGACAACUAUAAUGAUUCAAGUCGCAUCAUUGAUGGGAAUUUUGAUGAUCCACGCCUAACAGAUUAUGACACUUUGCUGGAAAACAUUCAUGGUCUGAAAGAAGGGAAGUCUGUUCAGGUGCCAAUAUAUGAUUUCAAGCUGAGCUGCCGCACAGGAUACAGGACGGUAGAUGUUCCUAGCUCUCGAAUUGUAAUUAUUGAAGGAAUCUAUGCUUUGAGUGAAAAGUUGCGGCCUCUACUAGACCUACGUGUUUCUGUGACAGGCGGCGUACAUUUUGACCUUGUGAAAAGGGUUCUAAGAGACAUCCAACGUGCGGACCAAGAACCUGAAGAAAUAAUUCAUCAAAUCUCUGAAACGGUGUAUCCAAUGUACAAGGCCUUUAUCGAACCAGAUCUGCAAACUGCACAUAUAAAAAUCAUCAACAAGUUUAAUCCAUUCUCAGGCUUUCAGAAUCCAACUUAUAUUCUAAAGUCAUCAAGGAUAUUAUCAGUGGAUCAAAUCAAGGCUGUUAUUUCCAAAGAACACGCAGAAAGUACGGAAGAGACUUAUGAUAUAUACUUACUGCCCCCAGGUGAAGAUCCAGAAGCUUGCCAAUCUUAUCUGAGAAUGCGAAAUAAGGAUGGAAAAUAUAAUCUUAUGUUUGAGGAAUGGGUAACAGAUAAUCCCUUCAUCAUAUCACCUAGGAUUACUUUUGAAGUUAGUGUGCGCCUUCUUGGCGGGUUGAUGGCCUUGGGAUACAGCAUUGCAGCUAUUCUGAAAAGAAGUAGCCACGUGUUUUCUGAUGAUAGGGUCAUUGUGAAGAUUGAUUGGUUAGAACAGCUUAAUCGGCGUUAUAUUCAGGUGCAAGGAAGAGAUCGGCUCAUUGUCAAGUACAUGGCGGAGCAGUUGGGCUUGGAAGGUUCUUAUAUUCCUCGCACGUAUAUUGAGCAGAUUCAACUAGAAAAGCUCGUGAAUGAAGUUAUGGCAUUACCAGAUGACUUGAAGACUCAGCUUAGCAUAGAUGAAGAUCUGGUUUCUAGUCCCAAAGAAGCACUUUCUCGAGCUUCUGCUGACAUGGUUUCUUCCAUGAGAAAUAAGCAUCUCAAGAGUGGUUUAUCGCAUUCCUAUUCAACACUGCGGGACAAACAUCUGUCUAAGCUUACCAGGCUUACUGUCAGCAGCAGAAGAUUUGAUGGACAAACCCCUGAGUCACCUACGGUCAACCAGGGUGUGAUUACUCAGCUCUCAGAACAGAUUUCAACUCUGAAUGAAAGGAUGGAUGAGUUUACCUCCCGAAUCGAAGAAUUGAACUCCAAGUUCAGCGCAUGGAAACCGUCUAUAAGCCACCAAAACCUCUCUCUUCAGGGUGAAACCUGUAAUGGCUUUGCACCCACAUCUUUAUUCAUGCCUGGCUUAGGCAAUGGUACCUUGUUACCCAAUUCAUCAUCUUCUUCUCAACUGAGUAAAGAUUCUCAAUUAAUGGAAGAGUUCAUGCUCAUCACCCGAGGCCAGCGUCAAAUCGUGCAUCAAUUGGAAAAUCUCUCCAACUUGGUUCAUGAGCGCUCGGCGGAGUUGACCCAUCAAGGAAGAACUAGCAGCAGAUGUAGAAUGCUAGAUUUGGAUUUGAUUGGGAAUCCACUUGUCCUCAUGAUGGCAAUAGGUGGCGUUGGGGUGUUUUUGCUCAAGGGUCUACGCCACAAAUGAGUCAACUGAAGCCCGAAAUACCAUUCCUCACUCUUGCCAGGAGCCUUUUUUUUUUCUUUUCUUUUUAAUAACGACAGAACCAUGCAAGCAGCUCAUCAUGACGUCUGAUUAACAGUGUGCAAUCACCACCCCAUUGCGAUCCUCCCAUGGUGGUUUAAUUUAGAGCUCACAUCAAAAAGCAGGGCUAUGUGGUGCUCUCAGUUUUUUCAGAAGGGCCGUAGUCAAAUUUGUAUAUUUGCACAUAGAAAUUCACAAACUCAAAAUAAUGAUGUGGUAACGUCCACUCGAUCCCCUUCUUCUAAAUUUUCUUCUCCGCUUUUUAUGA